GUCAUACACUGUACAAUAAGGGGAGCUGCUGAUGGCGGCUGAAGGCAGGCAGAUGUGCUGGGGGAAAGCCACUUAGUGUCCCUGAUGGAGAGGGGUGGCUGCUCUCCAGGGGACCAGGCGCACUUGGUGCUCUUCCUGCACAGGCUCAAGCAGGUGUUUGAUGUGUGCGAUGAGGAUGCGGAUGGAUUUAUCAAGGUGGAGCAUUUCAUAGCUGUGGGCUUACAGUUUGCUCAAGGAGAUGAGGUGGAGAAACUGGCUAAACGCUUGGACGCAAAUGCCCAGGGACGAAUCAGCUUUAAGGAUUUCUGCCAUGGAGUUCUAGCAAUAAAAGGCUGCGAUGAGCUUGUGAAAGGGAUACUUGGGGUUACAAGCACCGCACCCCUACAUUAUGAGACGCAAUAUACACCAUACUAUUACCAGAGCCCUGAGAUCACAGAGGGGGCUUUCCUGGACACUGAGAGUACAUACAGUGACUCCGAGUUCUUUGCAUAUGAGGAUGGUCUCACCUUGGCUCAGAGAGAUGCCCAACAUGAAUCAGAUUUGGACAGUGCCAUCUACAGUACUCCAAGCUCAGAGGCAUCCGACGAGUGCAGGAAUGAAGACAAAGCAGGAGGCCUUGCUAGCCUUUAUCUUCCCAGGGACCAGAAUCUUCUCAACCCGUCGCCGGGCUCAGAUUUCUCAACUCACUCCACAGCCUCCUUAAUCAGCAAUGAGGAGCAGUUUGAGGACUAUGGAGAAGGAGAUGAUGUUGACUACAGUCCUGGCAGCCCAUGUCCUGAUGAUGAGAGUAGAACCAAUGCCUUAUCUGACCUGGGCUCCUCUGUUCCUUCUAGUGCCGGACAAACACCCAGGAAAACAAGACACGUGUACAACAGUGAGUUACUAGACAUCUACUGCACUCAGUGCAGCAAAAAGAUCACUCUGUUGAAUGAUCUGGAGGCACGUCUGAAGAACCUGAAAGCCAACAGCCCCAACAGGAAGAUUUCAACCACAGCAUUUGGGAGGCAACUAUUUCACAACAGCAACUUAAGCAGCAGCAAUGGCAGCACAGAAGAUCUGUUCAGGGACAGUAUUGACUCGUGUGAAAAUGACAUUACUGAGAAGGUGGGUUUCCUAGAGAAGAAGGUGACAGAACUGGAAAAUGAUAACUUGACUAAUGGGGAUGUGAAGAACAAACUGAAGCAGGAGAACAUACACCUGGUACAUAGGGUCCAUGAACUGGAAGAGCUUCUGAAAGAUCAGGAGACAUGGUCUGAGCAGGUUUUGGAUAAGGAAAGUAAACGCCACAGAGAGACCUACAGUAAGCUGGAGAAGGAGAAAUGCACUGAGAUUGAACUGCUGAGUGCAAGGGUUCAAGAGCUGGAAGAAGAAAAUGAAGACUUACUGACUUCCUUAGCCAGGCUAAAAACACACACAGUGAAAAUAGAUGAGGAGCGGCAGAGAAUGUCAGACAAGCUGGAAGACACCAGCCUGCGGCUGAAGGAUGAGAUGGAUUUAUAUAAGAAAAUGAUGGACAAGCUGAAGCAGAACCGCCUUCAUUUCCAGAAGGAGAGAGAAGCCACCCAGGAUCUCAUAGAAGACUUGAGACGGGAGCUGGAACACUUGCAGAUCUACAAACUAGAAUGUGAAAAGUCUGGCCGUGGUCGGGGCUCUUCUUCUGGGCUCACUGAGUUCAAUGUGAAGACCAGGGAGGGGGAACUAGAGCAAGAAAUCAGGCGGCUAAAGCAGGAUAAUCAGAAACUUCGGGACCAGAACGAUGACCUCAGUGGACAAAUCCUCAGCCUCAGCCUGUAUGAAGCAAAGAAUCUCUUUUCAACCCAGUCCAAAGCUCAGUCUCUGGCUGCAGAAAUAGACUCGGCUUCAAAGGAUGAGCUGAUGGAGGCCUUAAAGGAACAGGAAGACAUUAACUACCGUUUACGACAGUACAUGGAUAAGAUCAUCUUGGCCAUCCUGGACCAUGACCCUUCCAUACUGGAAAUAAAGAACUAAGCGAUUCAGGCAGAAGAAAAUACGGGAUCACUUGUACUGUCGCUCAUAUAAACAGUUUUAUAUAUUUUUAAUCUUAGUGUCCCAGUGAAUGUCUGUGGCUUUGGCAGAUUAAUUCUCCUGUGACCUACAGCCCACGCCAAUGUAUUUGUUCCGUUGCACUUUUGGAAGUCACUUUAGUCCGUGUUGCUGCUGUGCCCUGUCAGGCCUGGAAGAGAAGACUUUUAGCUAUUUGACGCUUUCUCUUAUCCGGAUACAAAGUGCACUCUUGGGCCGUGUGUCACAUGAUUUCGCCUCAUCAGGCCUAAUGUCUCUUUGAAGAACACACCCUUGUUUUGCCACCACAGACCCACAUAGGUGAUGUGUAAGGAUUAACUGUGUGUAUGCCAAGGCACUCCAUUGCAAUGCAUUCUCCACAGCACUCCCACUUACAGGUUGCUGAAGAAGAAAAGACUUCUUCUACACAAUAUCUGAAUUGAGAUAUACUGGGAGUUAAACGGGAAUAAGUCCAUACAGAUACAUAUAAGGGUGUUUAGCUUGCACCCUCUUAUAUUUUACUGACAUCAACACGAGAGGAUCCAUGAAUAAUUACACUUGGGAAUGGAUACCAUCUGGAAAGAGUGGGAACUGGAUGUAUGCCAAGAAAAUCCCCAAGAAGCCUGUAGAAAUUGUGGGUGUAUAAUGAAAGAAUUUGUUGCACUUGAAGUCUUAAUACUGAAUGUACUGUAUAACGUCUGUCCCUGUCUCGCAUGGACAUUGCUGUGUUUGUGCCUUCACAUUGUACAGAUGUGUCACAGCCCAGUUUGUACCUUUUCCAUGCAGAGUUUAGUAGCACUCACUGUAAGUGUGUAAAUAAAUAGAGAGAUUUGUAUUCUUGGUGCCACAAACUUACUGACUGCCCUGCUGCAUCGAGCCCGGAGCAACCUUCCCUUUACAACCGGCUUUGCUCAAUCUGAAAUGUCAGUUAUUGACAUUGUUAUUAAAAGUAUUCGUCGGUAUUGUAUUACAGCUAUGGGACCUGUUAUCCUGAAUGCUUGUGACCUGGGGUUUUCCAGAUAACAGAUAUUUCUACCUUAGGUUUACUAGAUAAUCAUGUAAACAUUAAAUAAACCCAAUAGGCCGGUUUUGCUUCCAGUAAGGAUUAAUUAUAUCUUAGUUUGGAUCAAGUACAAGGUACUGUUUUAUUUUUACAGAGAAUCAUUUUUAAAAAUUUGGAUUAUUUGGAUAAAAUGGGAGCCUAUGGGAGACACCCUUUCUGUAAUUGGGAGCUUUCUGAAUAACCGGUUUCCGGAUAAUGGAUCCCAUACCUGUAGUGUUAGUGCUCUUGGGCCUGCUGCAGAACUGGGCUCGCUCAGUGCUUGCUGGUCCCAUGAUGUUGCAUUCACUGAAAGCAAUAUGCAUCUGUCCCCAUUCUCUGAAUUUGCAGAGGAACUCUGAGUGUAUUGCUGUGAUUAGAUAUAUAAUGGGAACUGGCAGCUGCAGAUAAAAUACAUAAACUGGGAUGUAAAUAUAAAUCAGAAGAACCAGAUGCAUAUGUCUGUAGUCAACCCAAACGUGUUUGCCCCAAAAUCAUCAUCAGUCUCCCUGUGGUUUGUCCCGCUGUGGUUCUUUAUUAUAGGACUGUCCAAAUGAAGACACAAGGUCAGCGAUUCUAUCUGUGUGACAUAAUCACCUUUUAUAAUGCUAUGUAUGCUAUGGCUGGGGCCAUAAAAAUCCCUUGUAGGGUUACUGUACAUCCAUCGUCUGCAGUUGGACAAGCCAGCUUUGUAUUGUAAUGAACCCAGGGCGUGGGACAGCUGCACGGCACUAAAUUGCACAUGUGCUGAAGAGCACUAAACACUUUGCUCCAUUCUCAGGCACAAAAGCAUGCUGCUCACUUGGCCAACCCUGCAACACAUAUGCCUGGGUCUGGGGUCAAACUGCUCAAAUUCUAUAACAAUCAGUCAAAUGUCAGUGCAAAUAUAGCACACAUGAGAAUGGCAUGUGCUGCCCAGAGCAAUAACAGCAUAUAUGCACCCAAUCACAACAGCAGUUGGUCAUUUUCCAUGUAGGCCUUGGUGCAAUUGAUAUACCUCCCACAUAGGUAGUUUUCAGGGCUUGCACUCAAGCAGACUAGCAUAAAUUCUACUAAGAGCAAGUUCAAGAUUGGCCGCCUUUAACUGGCCAGGCAGCUGUUCUUGUUUCUCUGCAAUAAAAGUAAUGUGAGAGCACUUCCAUGAGGAAUGCAGAAAGGGAAAGUGCACAGUUUGUUAGAUAGGCUUUUAAAAUGCUUGUUACACAGCACUGAUAUGGUUAACUGGAGACUCUGUAGCACUACGUUUAUAAAAAUGCCUCAAAAGAGCCAGCAGGGAUUGAAAAAAAUGGGGAGGCUACCCAUGGGCUCUUAGACAAAGUAGAAGCUGCUGGCCUAUUGUUGCUGCUACAGAUCAAUUCUAAGCACUAAAUACACCUGCAACCCUAUAUAGUGGUUAAAUGAGGGAAUUCUGCACCCAUGUCUUGUACUGGAAGCACAUAAUGAAUAACAAGGGGAGAAACCCAGGAAAUGUUUUUUUGUUACUGUAAAAAAUUCCCUUUCCUUGUUUUAUUGUGUGACGUGUAAAUAAACAUGAAUUUUGUUGCACAAUGA